GGCGAUGAUCAGCAAAGACAUCUCUUUCGAGUCUCCGUCAAACCAGGAAGCAGAUUGUAUGGGGUCUGUUAGCUAUUUAGGAGUGUAAGGUGAAUAUUUGUGCCUCUGCAGCAACGAUGUCUUUAUCCCAGUCUUUGAGAGACUUUAUCACGGAGCGACUGACCGCUGCUGCUGAAGAAAUUUUCAUACAGUUUGAUAAAACCAUCGUCCAGUAUGAGGAAGAGCUGGAUCGUCAGCGGAGACUGCUGGAAAUCUGCUGGAACCCCGAAAUAAACCGAAAGAGAAUAGGCUUCCCACAGGAAGAGGAGGUUCUCACUUACCACCGGGAGAGGAGUCCCGGUUUGCAACCAAAUAGUCCAGAACCUCAGCAAAGUAAAGGGAGACUAGACAGAUUAGAAAAGGAGCAAAUGCCAGAGAAGCAGGGAAAUGUUGAAGUAUCACAGAUAAAAGAUGAAACAGGAGAGCUAAUACCUCUGCAGAUGCAAAAGAACCAUGGGGAGCAAGAAUGUUUCUAUACAAAAGGACAGCAAGAAACACAACCACCAAGGAUCAAGGAUGAACAGGAGGAAGUCUACGUCAGCCUGACUAAAGAGCAGCUAGAACUAAAACAAGAGAUUGAUACCAUCAUAGUGAAUCCGACAUAUGAGGAAGGAGACUGCUGGGAACCAGACCCAAACUCUGACCAACUUCUUAUCCACAGCCAAAUCCAGGAAAUGAGUGAAAAUAAAAAUGAAGGCUCAGGAUCCAGUAGGGAUGAAGAACUGAAGCUAAUUAAGAGGCAUCAGAAAAUCAGAAGUCAUAGUGACAAUGUAGGGUAUCGGAAAGUAAGAACUCAGAAGAACACUCACAUCAAUGAUAAUCUGUCUCCUUGUAAAGUGUGUGGCAGGUUUUUUGCUCGGAAUUACUUGAAUCAGCACAUACGAACCCACACAGGUGAGAAGCCUUUCUCAUGUUUGACUUGUGGAAAAAGUUUCAGUGAACGGGGAAACUUGACUAAGCACAUAAGAACCCACACAGGUGAGAAAUCUUUCUCAUGUUUGGUGUGUGGAAAAAGUUUCGUCCAGCAAAUCCAUUUGACUCGUCACAUUAGAACUCACACAGGCGAGAAGCCCUUCUCAUGUUUGACCUGUGGCAAAAGUUUCUCUCAAAGCAGUAGUUUGUCUGGUCACAUGAGAACUCACACUGGGGAGAAGCCGUUCUCAUGUCUGACGUGUGGACAAAGUUUUAGCGAAAGAGGAAGUCUGUUUCACCACAGCAGGAUUCACACAGCAUCAACAUGAUCACCAGGACCUUUUGCGUUCUGAUGCAUCUUAUUUUCGCUCCAGCCCUUGUUUUUUAUGGGAUUCCAGGACUAUUUGAUGUACACAGUAGAUCUGAACAAGGGGUCAUCUUGUUUGGUUCUGGUUCCACAUGCAGCAUAAGUAGGAUUCACCAUAAAGGUAUUCCCUUGCUUCAGUCCAAGCUGCUCGUUCUCCAGGCUGAAGCAAAGUUCCUGAUGCAAGAGGAUCUUUGUUCAUCUUAUUCUGUUUUUUUCCAGACCUUCCACUUUAUACUGGUUGUCUUCUGGCUCUACUUCCCUCUUGUACUUGAUCUUUAUCAAACUUUCUUGUUCACUUUGAAACUUAUUCAUGUGCUGAAGUCGUAGUUUUUCUUGGUCCAAACCGGAGUGUCUCUCCUGAUUACAGAAAUGUUGGUCAUUGAGAACCUCCUCCUUGUUCCAGACAUGACAUUGUGAGAAAUCUGGAAGGACAAAAAGGCAAAAUUGAUUAUUAAUGUGACCAUUAAAAAUAUUUUGGAAACUGUUGAUCCCUCACAUUUAUGUAUAAUCAGAUAAAGGUCCAUUUGCAGAAAUAAACAUGAGAAGCGUUAGUCAAAUGGCCUCUUUACUUAAACAGUAUGUUCUGUAAUAUAAUGCGAUCUCUUCCAGAUUCCUGAACUCCUGAAGUCUUCUUGUUGACUGAAGAAGACAAUUUUACUGACGCAUACUAAAGGGAAUUAUUUAUGUUGAGAUUAGACAGUGGAUCUUCUCACAGCUGAUGAAAUCCAGACUUCUCUCCAAUUGAAUAUUGUCAAAGUAACACAAUCCAUCGUUUGGAAUUUCACCUUUAAAGCCAAGUAUUUAAUUACCUUUUGGGAUCUAGGAUGUAUUUUUGAAUUGAUGUAACCUGAUGAAGUUAUGUAGUAAAAAUGAACUAUUAGUGUGGGCAAAAGAAACCAUCUCAUCAUUUAGCCGGUCUAUUGUAAACAGAAAUAGUCUGCAGAUUUUCAAACCUUUUGUACUGUUUAUAAGUGAAAUAUAUAUUUCAUUACAUAAAAUUAUUCAACGAAGAUUGACUUCACAUCUGGGAAGUCUACAAUUAUUUAAAACUUGAUAGGACAGUUACCAGCUUGACUUUAUUCAUUGGAGAAAGUCACCUGGUAUCAUAAUCGGUGUUUUCUGUAACCAUGAGUAAAAUUGGUGUUAGAUCAGAGAGGUCUCCUCUGUAAGAACUUUUAAAAUAUCUUUGCUUAGUGUAAGUUCAAGAAGUAUUUCAUGCACCUAAAAGUAAAUAGGAAACUUUUUUUGAAUCGCUUACUUAACUGGCAGUACUCUGAUCAGACAACAAUGUCACCUAUCCUUUAAAAACAUUAAGUCAAUAGAAAACACCUGCUACCAGACUUUUGGUGCAUUUCUAUGAUCAGUAAAGCAAUAUUAGCAUGAAACAUCUGUGCGGGAAGUUCUGUGUUUGAUGAUGAAAACCAAAACGUUGCACCAAAUGAUAUGUGGGUAUAAAAGCACCACCAGGAAAGAGCAACUUCGUCCACGUAGAGUAAUGAACACGAGGGGUUCUUUAUUUUGCUGCCAUUUAUUUGCAGAUAGCUGUCACCAAGAUGCAUUUCUGAAAACCAAAUAUAAAUUUUUCAUACAUAAUAACCUCUAUAAACUUGCCCAGAAAGGAGAAAAUCAAGUGUGACAGCAGCAAUAAAUAUGUUUAAACAAAGGUUCAAGUGAUAAGACAAUAUGUAAAAAAAAAAAACAAGAUUAAAAAUAACAAUAGUAGUGAUAAAGACCCCACCAAGAAGAUGAGAAAAAAAGAGUGGUACCACCAAAAAUCCCCACAAAGAAACAUUUAUUCCAGAUCUCACCCGGAGCGUCUUUCUUCCCCCUCGGUGGUGUCCUCUGGCACGGGGCGGUAUUUCCUGGGUGCAAGCUCCGAUCCAGUUUCUAAAACUUUGAUUGCCAUUUUAUGUCUUUUCAUUGAUUUUUUUACUUGUUUUAAACAUACAAUCAAGUCAAGUCUCCCGCUGCACAGAUCUGACGGUGUGCGUCUCUCUCUCCGGUCGGCGCGCCGACCCACACCUCCCUUUUCAUUUACCAGUUUCAACCACAUCUAAAAUCAUCAGGACACUGCCCAAAAUCCGUUUAAAACAGUGGAAAUACGGAAUAAUUUAAACAAUGGAGUAACAGAAACCGUUCUACAAAACAGUUUAAUACAUUUACUCGUUAAUGUAUUGUGAAAUAAUAUAAAUAUUUACACUGUUAUUAAUAAAAGUAAUAACAGUGUGAAUAUCUAUAUUACUUCACAGUAUUUAUUCAGAAAAAAAACAUAGUGGUUACGUUACACCAUACUUAGAUUUCCAAGCUCUCUGAGGUGGUUUAACCUUUCCCACAGGUGGUUUCCCACAGGUUGUUUAAUCCCAGAGUUAAAUUAGGAUUAGAAUAUUUCAACUAAGGGAUUUUAGCAUACAAUAAAUAAUUUUCUUAGACGAUGUGCUUCAGUUUCUUCUAGGUGAUCCUAAUCACAUUAAGGAAGAAUCAGGAGAUAUAUCACCUUCACAUUUUCUUUAAUCAACACUAACCCUUUAUUUUUGGAGAAAAUUCAACAAGAGUUACUCCCUGUUAGAAUUAAAAAAUUAAUACAUUUCUAAACUAAUACUUAUUCACUAAUAAUUCAAUCAAAGUAACAAAAAUGGCUAACAAACGUAGAGAAACUAAUCUACAAACCAAUGAGAAAGAGAAGAUCAAUGCCUAGACGUAGCUCUGUGCUCCAUUACCUGCUUUCUUACUUUUAUUAAUUUGACAUUUAUUUAUACAGGUUGUCCAGUUGAAAUCCAAUUUUCAUGAGAGACCUGUGUAGAUAAAAAAAAAAAAAAAAAAAAAAAAAGUUUUAAACCAGAUACCACCAGAACCACCAAA